UAACCUCAACCAAUUUCUAGAAUAUGAUUUUUGACCAUUAUUAAGCAUCACUGCUUAAUUGUAUAUGAUAGGUUUGGUGAAUUCUCCCCAUCAUAAUUGCUGAUGCUACUCUGUUGAAUUCUGGUUUCUUGCUGUGAUAGGUUGUUUGUGUAGUUUCUAGUUGUUGCCUUGAAUCCAAUAAAUUUCACCUCAGCAGGGCAAGAAUAUAGAGAACCAGGGUCUGUAAGGUCUGAGGGUACUUGAUUUUGAAAGCAAACGUCUUUGGCAGCCAUGUUGACCUCAUCAGGCUUAAGCUUCCACCAGCUAUCCUGCCUUACACUUUUGGUAAUGCUUCUUCUUCCCCUGCCCUCCCAUUCCGCAGACCCUGAUCCAUUACAAGACUUCUGUGUCGCAGAUGUGAGUGCCUCCCCCUCAGUUAAUGGCUUUCCUUGCAAGGCCUCAUCGCAGAUCACCUCAGAUGAUUUUUUCUUUGACGGACUGAGCAAAGCAGGGAACACAACCAAUCUGUACAGAGCGACUGUAACAGCUGGGAAUGUCCUUGCAUUUCCCGGGCUGAACACCCUUGGGAUAUCGAUGAACAGAGUUGACUUUGCUCCUGGUGGACUCAAUCCACCACACUCACACCCUCGUGCAAGUGAGUCUGGGGUGGUCAUUAAAGGAAAGCUGCUUGUGGGAUUUGUGACAACUAACAAUGUGUAUUACUCCAAGGUCUUGAGUGCUGGGCAGAUGUUUGUGGUUCCGAGGGGACUUGUUCACUUUCAGCUAAACGUUGGAAAAGGGAAGGCCCUUGCCUUCACAGCUUUCAACAGCCACUUACCAGGCGCUUCUGUGCUUUCUUUUAAUCUGUUUGCUUCGACACCUUCCAUCCCUGAUGCAGUGUUAACCAAGGCCUUUCAAGUAGAUGAUGAUGUUAUCAACAACAUUCGAUCCAAGUUUGGCUUUUAGAAUACUAACGUCAUACUCUGAUUUUGUUUGUAUGCUCUGUUGUUAAAUUGGGCUUUGUCUCUCUUCGUCUGUUUUAAUCUUUCUAUAGGUGUAUUGGUCUCAUCAUAUAUAGAAACAUACAGGAACUUUUCUCUCGUU